AUGAUCUCAUCACUCAUCACCCAUAUUAUUAACCCCCUGGCCUUCAUUGUGCCCGUCCUCCUAGCUGUUGCCUUCCUAACCCUCCUCGAACGGAAAGUUCUGGGCUACAUACAACUACGAAAAGGCCCAAACAUUGUAGGCCCGUACGGCCUUCUUCAACCCAUCGCCGAUGGUGUUAAACUAUUUAUUAAAGAACCAGUCCGCCCCUCAACCUCCUCCCCAAUUCUUUUUAUCUUAACACCUAUAUUAGCCCUAACUUUAGCCCUCACAUUAUGAGCCCCUAUACCUCUGCCUCAUCCCGUAACAGACCUUAACCUAGGCAUCCUAUUUAUUUUAGCCUUGUCUAGCCUCGCUGUAUACUCGAUUCUAGGCUCAGGAUGAGCAUCAAAUUCUAAAUACGCCCUCAUUGGAGCCCUACGGGCCGUGGCCCAAACUAUUUCAUAUGAGGUUAGCCUUGGACUAAUCCUCUUAAAUGCCAUUAUUUUCACAGGAGGCUUCACUCUUCAAACCUUUAACGUAGCCCAAGAAAGCAUCUGAUUAAUUAUACCAGCCUGGCCCCUAGCUGCCAUAUGAUACAUUUCAACCCUGGCCGAAACUAACCGCGCUCCUUUCGAUUUGACGGAAGGCGAAUCCGAACUAGUUUCAGGCUUUAAUGUAGAGUAUGCAGGAGGGCCCUUUGCCCUUUUUUUCCUGGCAGAAUAUGCCAACAUUUUACUCAUAAAUACACUUUCUGCGACACUCUUCCUAGGGGCCUCCCACAUUCCCGCAAUUCCAGAAUUAACUACCAUUAACCUCAUAACUAAAGCCGCCCUCCUCUCAGUCGUCUUCCUGUGAAUCCGGGCAUCCUACCCCCGAUUUCGUUAUGACCAGCUCAUGCAUUUAAUUUGAAAAAAUUUUUUGCCCCUUACACUAGCCCUAGUCAUUUGACACUUGGCCCUCCCUAUUGCAUUUGCAGGUCUACCCCCUAUGCUUUAA